ACGUCCUUAGAAUACAGUGGAGACGCGGGUAAACCGAUGUACGAUCACGGCUUCCGUUUCCAGAACGAGUUCUCGUCGCAGCAGCGUCCUAAAGCAACAGAGGGGCUCGAGAAAGUGGUCAGGAUAAAGGUGGUCGAAGGAUUCUACAGUCUACAUUCAUCCUACACACCUCUUGGGUACUCUGGCAGAGAAAUUUUUCAACGCGAAAGCGGCUCCAGGAAUUCGUCAGAGACGGCGCCUGACGUCAUCUUCGUGCCAGACUGGAGAACGGAGGUCACGUGUCGCGGCGUCAGACGAAAACUCAAUACUCGACCAGUCCCGCGACGGCCAAUAAGCGUCGAAAGGACUCUCUGCGAUCGGCACACGGUCCCGAGGCGCGUCAGUCGAGCCGCAACCGUCGAACGGUGAACAUCGUGACACGGUCGAUAAUAGAUCACGAUUGUCGUUCUGUUUGUGAGUUUCCUUUUGGUGGAACGACUCGAGGGUAAACAAAAUGGC